GGCGCGGGUGACGUGUGACCUCCGUACGCGAGAUUGUGGGCAACUACCUCGCGAAUCCUUUCUCCGCCAACACAAACACAACACAGAGGUACGCGUUCUCACACACGCUGCAAGACCAGGUUGUUUAUCAUCAAUUCAGUACGUACGUAUUUGCAGCCACCACAGCGACCUCGAACGACCUACGCGCCGUCUUGUCGAUGUACUACUCUCUACUCCAGUGGGACAGCCUGCGAACUACCGAAGCCAACGAUGACUGUAGCAUCACUACAACUUGGGCAAAUUGCGAGCAUCGAGUUCGCGACCACAAGACAUCGGACUUUCAAACCGUAUAAAUCUCUUCACGAGUUGCAACGAUGGCUUGGAAAUACUGGAGAAACAAUGUAAGAAACUUUGUCAACUUGGGCAGGCUUUAUAGCUUGUCGCAAAAGGAGAAGAUGGAAAUGGAUAGACUACCUCGUCUACCCAAAGGACGUUAUACUGGUUUCCCACGCCAUGGUGUGAAUCUGGGCAACCUAUUCAGAGGAACAACCAUUUAUGAUUAUAUGCAACCUCCAGGCUGGGCAUACUUUGAAGAUGGCUCCAUAUUUGUUGCGCGUGCCAGGUACGAUCAUCACGAUAUGCAGCAAAUCAUGAACUUUGCUGCAUUUUUUCUGCGGGACCCUUCCAAUGGAAAACGUGCUUUGAGGAAGGAGCAUACUGGCCAAACGCAGCUGAUUCUGUUGGAGAGAAACGUUGCUCAUGAGGUCUAUGGCCAUGGGCGCUUUCACUUGUACGCUCGAUACGCUCAUACCGGAGAGAAUUUCUUCGCUCCUUCGUCGCACUAUUGUGCAGUAAGCCUAGAACUAGACCCGACACAAGCCUUUCCCAUCUCUAUUGCCUUCUACAGUCGGAUGAGUCAAUCAAUCCUUCCGCAAAAGAACUUCACCCACGGUAUACAGUUACUCCAUACCUUGCGGACAUUCCGCGGCACCUUGAUCGAUGGAGCCUUGCAACCAAACGUUCGCCCGAGCAAUAGACUGGAGUUCUCAAUCGACCCGUCAGCCGCACCGGCUUCUCCACUACCGGCCGCGCAAGUGGCUGAGAAGGAAAUGAUAUCACAGCAAGGAGGGAUUCAAGAACAGCAAACAAUCACAGCAUCUAAAGAAUCCGGGCGACAGCCACAGACUUUACUACAAGAGCACAGAGCCUCUACCACAUCUCAUGAGAAGUCUCUGCUACAUAAGCACCAUUCAAACAAAUCCGGCUCUACAUGGGUGCAUGUACAAAAUGGGAGUAUCGCACAACCAGGGGUGCCAAGCGCGCCGGAUAAGAAACGCAAGCCCCAAAAGAAACGAGGCCCCUGUACCUCAGACAUCGAGUCAACAACUGCACAGCUCGAAGCACGAGAGCGCGAGUUCAAGCACCGGGAAGAUCUGCUGCUCUGGAAGAAAAAGGGUUGGAAGCUUGAGCAAGAGCUAGCUGAGGCCAGGAACGUCAGCAAGGUGCCAGGGUCCUCAGAGCCUAAAGAAAGAAGUGUGAGGAUCCAGAAAGUCAUGUGGGGCCCAUCCAGGCAGACAGAUGUGGAAUCCGUACAGGCAGAAGCGCAGAGAGCGGACGCUGAGUCGAUCUAUGAGUUUCUCAAUGACGAUGAGACUACGCCUCUUAAUGCUCUCGAAUUGCUUCGAAGGACAUGCCGAAAGGAUUGAACCAUGGGCAACAAAUUGGAGUGUCGACAAGAAAAAGUAACACACUUCCAUACACUACUGUGCGACUUUGUCUUAUUUAGCACUCAGUCGCAAAGACAGACCUGUUGCGGCCUAAAGAAGGAGACUUGGGAAUGCAGUGCGAUCUUUGAAUUACGCCGAUACGACUCGAUCACUCGUGCCAUUUGGAAAAGGGUCAAGGAUCGCAUGCCGCCAUUGAUCAGAGUGCAAAAGCGCUCAAUAUACAUACUCUUUGCGGCUAAAUGUCGCGACA